AUGCAAGCAUAUUCAAAUUUUAAAGUAUGGUAUUGUACCGGUACUUCCACAGGUUUAGGUUUGGCUGUAGUAAAGAAAUUAUUAUCCAUUCCAACUAAUAAAGUUGUUGCAAUCACUAGAAAUCCACAAAAAUUGGAAAAAGAAAUUCCUGUUGAACAUUUACCAAAUCUCUUAGCUAUUAAAGCAGACAUUUCUAGUGAAGAGAGUAUAAAGGAGUCAAUUUCAGCAACAAUGGAAGCAUUCGGUAGAAUUGAUGUUGUUGUAAGUAAUGCUGGUUGUAGUAUCGCUGGUGCUGUUGAAGAAAUGUCAGUUGAAGAAGUUAAAAAAGUAUUUGAUAUAAACUUUUUUGCAUCAUUCAUUAUUGCUAGAAAUGUUACACCAAUUAUGAGAAAACAAGGUGAAGGAUUUAUUAUGAUUGUUGGAAGUGUUUUGUCUUGGUUUUGUUUGCCAGAAUAUGUUGCUUACAAUGCGUCAAAGUUUGCAUUGAGAGGUUUGGCUUAUACUUUGGGUUUGGAAUUGGAGAAAUUCAAUAUUAAGGUUAUGUUAUUGUCUCCAAGUGGUUUCAAAACUAGUUUCAUCAAUGAUAAUCAAGAAUUUUCAAAUGUUUUAAUUGAAGGUUACAAAACCAAAGAUGUUGUUCAUUGGUUGGAUAGUGUUAUUAAUGAUGGUAGAGGUGAUCCUGAAAAAUUUGCUGAAGUUUUAAUUGAAAUGUCAACAAAGGAAAAACCCCCAAAAAAUAUGUUUUUUGGUACAUCAUCAAUUGAUUGGAUGGAAGAUGAAUUUAAAAAACAAGUUGAAGAAUUGAGAUUAAAUAAAGAAGUCUCUAUUGGCACUGAUUUUCCUGGUGUUGGUGAUACUUUUAAAUUAAUACAAGAUGAAAAUUAA